UUUCUCUUGAUAUUGAUACUCGAAAGAACCUUGAACUACCUCUUAUCCCCACCGAGCCCUUUGGCUCCCAUUCAAUGGAGCCGCAGACGACAAAAAGGCGCAAGCUUGAUACAACAGCUGAAAUGCCCCAGGCUAGCGAUGACUCCAAUCCCUCCGUUCCAAUGGGCGCGGCGGCGACACAAAACCCAAGCGGAACGGCUGCGACAAUGAAAUCGCAUAAAACCAGCAGCGCUGCUGCACCUUUCACGGGAGAUGCAUACAAUUCAAGUCUGUUCAAGCUUCAAGUAGAGGAGAUGUUAGUGGAAGUGAAGCCAAAUUACGCAAAGCGACUGGGUCUUGUUGGUAACGUUUUGCGAAAAUUGAAAACACUCAUAGAGGCCAUUCCGGACCGUGAAGAAAUGCCAUUUCAUGAUGCGACAAAAGUUUUACUGAAAACCCAUAGGGUUAUGGUGCCUUUCCCAGAACCCAGGCCUGACAAGUCAACAGCCUACAAAUUGGCAUAUGCGAAGCCGUCGAACGUAAACGUUGUGGGCAGCUAUCCGUUGAAGACCAUGGAAAAGGCAGACAGUACAAUGGUGAUUGAUAUGGUUGUGACCAUACCAGCGUCUAUUUUGCAAGAAAAGGACUAUCUCAACUACAGAUACUUCUAUAAGAGGGCAUAUUAUCUUGCUUGCAUUGCUGCAGGGCUACAAAAUGAGGAAGAGGAGCCAUUUGAUCUCAGCAUGGAGAACCUCCACGGAAACGACUUGCAGCCUGUUCUGGUUGUGAAACCAGGAAAGAAUGGUGAGCCCACGGAAUUCUCGAAGUCUCGUUGCGAGAUACGCAUUAUUCCUGCUUGCCCUAAGGGGUUUUUUGCUGACAGCAAAUUGCACCCCACGAAGAAUUCCAUCCGGCCUAAAGCUGGGCCAACUGGCGAGACCGUUGCUCCAGCCCCUACCCCAUUUUACAAUGCAACUCUGCAAGUUGAAUGCAACCACGAGGCUUAUUUGAAGCUCUUGCACCAAACUGUGAAAUCGUCCGAAGGCUUCGUAGACGCUUGCGUCCUUGGCCGUAUCUGGCUUCGCCAACGUGGAUUUGGAAGCUCUGUUUCGGAUGGUGGCUUUGGAAAUUUUGAAUGGGCCGCGUUGACUGCGCUAUUGCUACAAGGAGGUGGCCCAAAGGGCCGCAAGGCCCUGUCUCCCGGUUAUAACAGCUAUCAGCUCUUCAAGGGCAUGGUGCAAUAUCUAGCCACAAGCAACAUGGUGGCAACACCAACUCUAAUUCAGGCUGGGGAUCCCCCCAUUCCUAAGUCACACCUACCAACAUUUUACGAUGGCCCAAGAGGGCACAAUGUAUUAUUUAAGAUGUCAGCUUCGUCUUACGACAUGCUCCGACAAGAAGCACAGGUUUCCCUCGACAUGCUGAAUGACGAAGUUUUCGACCAGUUUGAGGCUACGUUUAUUCUCAAGAAAGACAACCCUCUCCAACAGUUUGACAGCGUCAUCAAAAUCGAUGGCUCCAGCGCUACUGGAACUGUUAGUCCUCAAGAUCGCAGAUCUAAUAAUUGGCUGUUAAGCUCGAAAAUAUUUAACGUCCUGAAGGAAGCUUUAGGUGACAGGGUGAAGCUUAUUCAUGUCAAAUUCGACGACCAUUCGCGCUGGAAGACAAAGAGCUCACCGCCAUCACCUUCUCCUCAUAUUCAAGUUGGCCUUGUUUUCGACCCAGAACAUAUUCACAGGGCUGUUGACCAUGGGCCAGCUGCCGAAGACAAAAAAGCAGCAGAGACGUUCCGUAACUUCUGGGGCAACAAGUCGGAGUUGCGUCGUUUUAAGGAUGGCAGUAUCCUUGAAAGUUUGGUGUGGACGAAGACCCCUAAUGCGUCGAUAUUCGAACAGAUUAUUGCGUAUAUUCUCAACAGGCAUAUUGGCUUAAAUCCCAAUAGAGAUCUGUCUAUCGUUGGAGAUUCUUUCGAUGCCCUUCUACCGGACUCGGUGUCAGAUACGGCCGCAUUUACUUCUCUCAAGGAGUCAUUCAAGACAUUGGAACAAAGUAUCAGAGAUCUCGAACAGCUACCAUUGCAGCUCAAGCAACUCUCUCCUAUCGGAGCACAACUACGCUCCUCGUUUAUUAAUGCGCCUGAUUACGGACCCCGCAACCCGUUACGCUACCCUGCUGAGGUGUUGAUCGCCUUUGAAGGCUCCGGUAGAUGGCCAGACGAUGUUGUGGCUAUCCAACGUACCAAGGUUGCUUUCUUAAUAAAAAUCGGGGAGUUGCUAGAGCUUACUAGCCAACGCUACAAGGCAAAGCUUGGUCUUGAACACCACGACGAGCCGCUUCUUAACUACCCGUUCCUCGAUAUUACUGAGCCAUCUGGUGCAGUUUUCCGUCUGAGAAUCCACAACGACCGCGAGCAAACACUACUUGAGAACCAAGUCAAAAGCAAAUCAAGCGACGCGCACAGUGCAAUUGCUGCGCUAGCACAGUACAAGUACAUGUUCCUACAGUUACCACUUCACACACAAUCAGUUGCGACACACUGCACUAGAUUCCCUCUGCUGUCUCCCACCAUGCGCCUUGUUAAGAAAUGGUUCAGCGCGCAUAUGCUCUCCACUCACUUCAGGGAAGAGCUCAUCGAGCUUCUCGUCAUCCGAACAUUCUUACAGCCUUACCCAUGGCGCGCUCCUUCAUCAAGCAUGACGGGAUUCCUGCGCACACUCCAGUUCAUCGCCAGAUGGGACUGGCGCAACACGCCCCUGAUUGUGGACUUUGGUGGAAUUAUGACUAGCAAAGAGAUCUCCGCCAUCAACGUGCGACUUGAGGCGUGGCGCGAAGUCGACCCGGGAAUGAACCGUGUUGUGCUUUUCGCGGCUACCAACCACGAUGUAUCCGGGACGACGUUUACAGAUGGUAUGCCAUCAAAGGUCGUUGCAUCACGCAUGACCGCGCUUGCGCGAUCUGCCUGUAAGCUCCUGAAGGAAGAGGGGCUGCAACUUGAUCCCAAGACACUAUUCGUGCCUUCGCUGGGCGAUUACGAUUUCGUUAUCUACCUGUCUCCCAAGUUUGCCGGAUCUCGCCGCGGCAAGAGGGAUGCCAAAACAGCUAAGUUCAAGAACUUGGAUAUCCAAACAGAAGAAGAUCUACUCUAUGUUGGAUAUGAGCCGGCGAGACUGUACGUUGAAGAGCUGAGGGCACUGUACACUACCACAAUGGUUCUGUUCCACGACGAGUCCUCCAGCAAUGUCAUUGCUGGGAUUUGGAGCCCCCAGACAGCGACGAGAGCGUUUAAGGUCAAUAUGCCCUAUGCAACAAAAGCCCUGGGUGGUAGUGAAGAAACGGCGGGUCAGGUUGCAAUCGACAAAGAUGCUAUUAUGUCGGAAAUGGCAAGGUUGGGAGGGGAUAUGGUGUUCAAAAUAGAAUUGAGGCGCUGAUACCCUAGGUCUCUUUGUAUCUAACUUACUAUAUUGUUGGGAUUGAAUAAACAACAAGUUCAUAGA